AUGGUCGAUCAAGCAGAUAUCCUUAACUUAGUAGCUCAUUUCCUCAAAGAGAACAAUUAUACACAGACAUUGUAUCACCUCGAAUUGGAACACGGUAAGCCAGUACAACCACAAUUGCUAAAUUCUGAAUCAUUGUCGCAGAUAGUCGAAGAUAGAUUACAAUUUUCUUCAUAUUACAACAAACGAAAGGACCCCAUAAAUGUCAAUGAGGAACUCCCAUUGAGAUUGAAGGAUUUGAUUCAUGAACAAUUUGUGAACUGGCCACUGCAAUAUCCUCAAAAUCCAACGAAAUUGAAUAUUCAUUCAUUAGUCAUAUCAAGUACCUAUGACGAAAACAACGGCUCAGUAUACUUUUCAACAAACGAUUCACAAGUUAUUAUUAGUAAUAGUGGCACUAUAAAACUGAUUAGGUUCCAGGAGAUUGUCAAAAAGGUGUUGAUUGUUGGUGUAAAUAUUGUUUUGUUGGGAAUGAGUGGCAAGCUUUACUUGUUGAAUGAAAACUUUGAGGACAUUGGCACUUUCGAUACACAAUCUAGGUUUACUGUUGAUGUCAAACAUGUUAAUUUCAAUGGAACAGAUUACAUUAUAGUUCUCACUUGGAGUAACAUGCUCAAACUUGUCAAGCUAGAUGAUGAUAUUUCUUUAGUUACUGAAUUGAAAUUAGAUCAACAAGGUACUUGCUUCGACGUUACUACGUAUAAAAACGAGAUAGUAAUUAUAUUAGGUAAACUUGAAAAUACAUUAUUGGAGGUCUUUACUAUACAAAACGAGCGAUUUUCACCAAAGUACAAAAUUUCAAUUAAUGAUGCUGAAUUCACCACCUCAAGUUUCUCACCAAGAUUUAUCACGAUAUCCCACAAAGGCAAUGGAAUACCGUUAAUUGCCGUUGCUACCUCACACGAGCCAUACAUGAGGAUCAUUAUCAUUUCCCUUAUCGAUUUCGACUCCACAUCAAUAGCUCGCAAUCAGAUAAUCAAGAAUUUAAACACUUUAUCACCUCAAGAUAAAUUUUCGCAACCAUUGAUUUCGUGGAAAUUGGACUCGAAAGAGAAAGAAUCAGGAAUUUGGGUCAUGGGUGAAGAUGGUAUCAUACGUGGAUUAGAUAUAGUUGAUGAUAAGGUAGUUGUUGAAUUGAAUCAACAUCAAGCAAAGAUUAAAGACUUUACUUCCUUUAUAAACAACAAUGGUGAUGAGACUCUUAUAACUAGUAGUAUUGAUCGACAAACACUAGAGUGGAAAUAG